AUGGGCGAUCCAGAAAUACCACCACUUGUUAAACAGAUUGUUCGAGGUCUCAGAGGCUUAGCUUUUUGUUCAACUAUUCUUGCAACUGCUUUCAUGGCUGCAAGCCAUGAAAGAGCUACCUUCCCUACUUUCGAUUACCAAGUAGACUAUAAAGGCCUCAUGUUCUUCAAGGCCUUUUUGGGUGCAAACAUUGCUGCAACCCUUUACAGCCUUUUCUUUGCAUGCCUUCCUCCCAAGAGCUUGCUCUGGCGAUUGGCCAUAGUUUUAGAUGUGAUCAUGUUUGGGCUCCUUGUUUCAAUGGAUUCAGUAGCUGUAGCAGCUGCUUAUCUGCACAAGAACGGAGAUUCUCAAGCAUAUUGGUCACCAAUCUGUAGCCAAGCGCCCACUUACUGUUAUCGCGUAAUUUCAGCUAUAUCUGCUGGCUUCUGCGGAGUCUUCAUGUUCCUGCUCAUCAUCAUCUAUUCCAUCUCUGUUAUCCUAAAUCCUCUUCUCGUCUAG